UUGUGUGACCGGUCUCUCGUCUCUCUCUGCUGUCGUUGCUUUGUCUGAAGCUUUCUCAGGAUGUCUCUAAAAAGAUGAUUCUUCGUGAGAAGCGUCGUGAACCUUCCACUGGACAGACGUUUGUAACAGAGGAAGGAUGAGUUCUCAGGAUGUGCUCAAGAAUGCCUCCACUUUGGCGUCGUAUAAUGUGCUGCUACAGGUGAUGUUCCGCGUGCUCACGUUCUUACUGAAUGCCUUCACGCUACGGUUUGUGUCCAAAGAGCUGAUCGGAGUGGUCAAUGUCAGGCUGACCCUGCUGUACUCCACAUUAGUGUUUUUAUCCAGAGAGGCUUUCAGAAGAGCCUGUUUGAGCGGGGAAUCGGGGACAAACCGCAGCUGGAGACAAGUUAUUAACCUUCUCUGGCUGACGUUGCCUCUGGGUGUGUUAUGGGCAUCUCUCCUGGUUUGUGUGUGGCUGUGGUUCCUGGAGGUCCCGGAUGCCCGCACCAUUCCAUACUAUGGUCCCGCUGUGGUGCUGUUUGCUUUGGCGGGAGUGCAGGAGCUGCUGGCAGAGCCCCUCUGGGUCUUGGCUCAAGCUCACAUGUUUGUCCGACUGAAAGUUGUGGCUGAGAGUCUGGCCAUGAUCGCUAAGUGCAGUGUCACCGUGGUGCUGGUGGUGUUUGCUCGUGAAUGGGGCCUCUACAUCUUCUCUGCUGCCCACUUGGUGUACACGGGAUUCCUCGUGUUGUGCUAUGCGGUUUACUUCAUUCGUUUCUUGGGAUCCAAAGAAUCAGCCAAGAAGAAAUUCCCUUUGUGUCGUGCUAGAGAUCUGCUGCCCAGCCGAACUGAUGCCGAGCCGUGGAUUGACUGGACUCUGGCCCGGCUCACUUGGAGCUUCUUCAAGCAGUCCUUUCUGAAGCAGAUCCUGACGGAGGGCGAGCGCUACGUCAUGACCUUCUUGAAUGUCCUCAGCUUUGGAGACCAGGGUGUCUAUGACAUCGUCAAUAACCUGGGCUCGAUGGUGGCGCGCUUCAUAUUCCUGCCAAUCGAGGAAAGCUUCUACAUAUUUUUUGCCAAAGUGUUGCAGAGAGGACGCGAUGUAGAAAGUCAGAGACGGGAAGAUGUUGCCAUUGCAGCAGAGGUUCUGGAGUGUCUGCUGAAACUUGUUCUGGUGAUCGGUCUGAUCAUUACAGUGUUUGGCUAUGCCUACUCUCACUUGGCUCUGGAUAUUUAUGGCGGCAAUUUGCUGAGUAGUGGAACUGGUCCCAGCUUGCUGCAGUGCUACAGCUGCUACGUCCUCCUGCUUGCUGUGAAUGGUGUAUCGGAGUGCUUUGUAUUUGCUGCCAUGAGCCAAGAAGAAGUUGAUAAAUAUAAUCUGGUCAUGCUGGCCCUGUCGGUGUCAUUCCUCUUCCUUUCCUACGUUCUGACAUGGUGGGCUGGCAGUGUUGGCUUCAUUAUGGCGAACUGCCUCAACAUGGGCCUCCGGAUCCUCCACAGCCUGCUCUACAUACGCCGCUACUUCAGACCCAGUCAGUGGAAACCUCUCCGAGGCCUGCUGCCCUCCCCACUGCUGCUGCUGGCACUUGCAGUCAGUGGAGUCGUCACAGCAGCUUCUGAGACGGCUUUCUGCUGUGACAGCGGCUGGAUGCUGAGGCUGGUUCACAUCGGAGUUGGAGCUGUGUGUUUGAUCUGCGUGCUCGCUGCAGUCGUCUUCACAGAGACUCGACUCAUUCAGUUUGUGAUGACUCAACUUCUGCCUCGAUACAGACAGAAGGGACGCUGAAUUGAUCGGUAAACCCAACGAGAAGAAAGCGUCCAUUCUGCUCUGAAAUAUAAAGAUUUGCUAAAACAGUUACUGACUGCAUGAAAGCAGACUUAAAAGAAAACAACUUUUUAUCAUCGUUGAUAUGGGUGUGUGAGUUUACAUGCCUGCAGGUUGUUUUAUUGGACCAUUCCUGUGUUUUAUAAACAAUUAUAGAGAAUUGUUUGUAAUUCUUUUGCAGGUAUUCAUUUACAAUUUCUAAGUUUUUUUUUAUAUAUAUAUAUAAUUGUUUCAGAUUAUAUUGUUAAAGAAAAAUGGAAUGUGAAGAAAAUGGAAGAGCUUGUUACAGCCUUCAUUUAUUUUCCAAUAAAACAAAACAACUUUG